UUCUUUUCCCUUCCGCAUCUGGCUUUUGGUUUCUGCAUCCAUUCUCGCUCUCGUUCUCUUUGAUUUCUAGGGUUUUUUCUUUGCAGCUCACUGUUACUUUCUUUUCUCGCCUUCCUUUGGUUGCUGGCAAACAGCUCCAAUAAGGCAUUGGAGGAAUCGCUUUCGACAGGUUACUUUGGUUGUGUAUUGAUUAUCGGCAUCCAAACGUUGUAGUUCAAAUUCACAAAUCACACAGUCGGCAUAUCACCCACCUCUCCACUGUCAUCUUCAGUCUCGCUUCCUGAAAUGAGGAGAGCUCACGAUUGUUUAUCCUGGGGAAAACGGAAAAGACAGGAGGCUGAGAACAUAAAGCUAAUCCAGAAUAAACAAUAUGGUCGGGCAGAUGAUGAAUAUGAUUUUGAAGAUGGACCAUGCCGAAAGUCUACGAAGAAGGUUGCAACUCAGCAAGAGCGUUGCCUUUUUUGCUUUGAGAAUCCUAAUCAGCCAAAACACCUUGUUGUGUCUAUUGCAAACUUCACGUAUUUGAUGUUGCCACAGUGGCAGCCUGUUGUUCCAGGCCAUUGUUUUAUCUUACCAAUGCAGCAUGAAUCAGCCACAAGGAGUGUUGACAAUUAUGUAUGGGAAGAAAUUCGCAAUUUCAAGAAAUGCCUUAUAAUGAUGUUUGCGAAACAAGGGAAGGAUUUAGUGUUCCUUGAAACAGUAAUGGGGUUGGCACAACAACGUCGUCACUGUUUAAUUGAGUGCAUUCCCCUGCCACAAAAAAUUGCUAAACAGGCCCCUCUCUACUUUAAAAAGGCAAUUGAAGAAGUUGAACAUGAGUGGAGCCAGCACAAUGCAAAGAAGCUGAUUGAUACAAGUGUCAAGGGGUUGCGUGGUUCAGUCCCCAAGGACUUCCCUUACUUCCAUGUUGAGUUCGGCUUAAACAGUGGCUUUGUCCACGUUAUUGACGACGAGAUGCAAUUCAAAAGUACCUUUGGACUCGAUGUAAUAAGAGGUAUGCUGCGUUUGCCAGAAGAAGAGGUAUAUCGUCGACGGAGGCACGAGUCAGUGGAUGCAAAAAGGCAAGCAGUUGCAAAAUUUGCACGAGACUGGGAAUCUUUUGACUGGACAAAACAGCUUGACUAAGUCUUCAAAUAUGCAAAGUUCUACGGAUGGAUCUAGCCAUUUUCUAAACAAAUGAGAUUUCUCCUUUAUUACAAUAUAUAAAUAAAGUUUGUUUUAUUAUACUAACAUGAAUUGAUUUUUUUUAAUUUAAUAUUUCUAUAUAUCAAGUUUUUUAAA